AUGUCACGUAGAUAUGACUCUAGAACAACGAUUUUUAGUCCAGAAGGACGUCUUUUCCAAGUAGAAUAUGCAUUAGAAGCUAUUUCUCGUGCAGGAACAGCGCUUGGAGUGCUUGCAGAAGACGGAAUUGUUUUGGCAGCAGAAAAAAAAGUUAUUAGCAAAUUACUUGAGCAAAAUACAUCAUCAGAAAAGUUAUAUGUUGUAGAUGACCAUAUGAUUUGUGCAGUAGCAGGGAUAACAGCAGAUGCGAAUAUUCUUAUUGAUUAUACACGUAGAACAGCCCAGAAAUAUUUACUUACAUAUAACAAACAUAUUCCAUGUGAACAGCUUGUGAAAAGUUUAUGUAAUAUUAAACAAGGAUAUACACAAUAUGGGGGUUUACGUCCUUUUGGUGUAUCAUUUAUAUGGGCAGGAUACGACCCAAUUUAUGGUUUUCAGUUAUACCAAUCUAAUCCCUCAGGAAACUAUGGGGGAUGGAAAGCGACAAGUAUUGGUGCAAACAAUGCAUCAGCACAGAGCUUGCUCAAACAGGAUUACAAAGAAACGAAUUUAAAAGAAGCCUGCUCAUUAGCAAUUAAAGCAAUUGAAUUUGCUACGAUGGGAAUAAACAAACAAGGAAAGAUUUACCAUCAUGUAUGGAGCCCUUCUGAGAUUGAUUCCCUUUUAAAGGAAAACAACUUAUUAAAAGAAGACAUAGAAACAUGA